AUGGCUCCUGUCGAAUCAACAACUACUGCUAGCGAUGAAAAGGUUAACUUCUUUAAAAGUUUAAAACCACAAAACGUCGAACCAUUAUGGACUGUUAUGUCUGCUAUGGUUCCACCAGUUCCAAAGCCAAAGGCUGUCCCAACCGUAUGGAACUAUAAGAAAUUAAGACCAUUGUUGGAAGAAUCUGGUCGUUUGGUUCCUCCUGAAGAAUCUGAAAGACGUGUGUUGAUGCUUAUCAACCCUGCUUUAAAGGCACCACAAACUACUGACACUUUAUAUGCCGGUUUACAAUACAUUAACCCAGGUGAAGUUGCUCCUGCUCACAGACACUCUGCUUUCGCCUUGAGAUUUAUCAUUGAAGGUGAUGGUGGGUUCACUGCUGUUGAAGGUCAAAGAAUCUUUAUGGAACGUGGUGAUGUCAUUUUAACUCCUAGAUGGGAAUGGCACGAUCACGGUAAGCAAGGUGAUGGUCCAAUGAUCUGGUUAGAUGGUCUUGACUUGCCAAUGUUCCAAGCUAUCCCAGUUAACUUUGCUGAACAUUAUAAAGAAGAAAGAUACCCAGCUGAAACUGUUGAACACUCCAACAUCAAAUUCCCAUGGAAGAUCACUCAAGAUUACCUUGACAGUGUUGAAGGUGACUAUGCCAUCUACAACUACACCCAAGGUGACGAUAAGAAGGAUUUGUCCACCAUUGUUACCGCUCAAGCUGAAAGAAUUAAUGCUGGUAAGACUAGUGAAUGGCGUCAAGAAAAUGCUUCCUUCGUUUUCCACAUCUAUGAAGGUAAGGGUCACACUGUCAUCCAAGAAGAAAAUGGUGAAGAAACCAUCUUGACUUGGGAAGGCAAGGAUACCUUCUGUGUUCCAUCUUGGAAAAAGUUCAGACAUGUCAAUGAAGGUUCUGAAACUGCCUACCUUUUCAGUUUCAAUGAUUCUGCAUUACUUAAGAACUUAAAUAUUUACAGAUCUGCUACUAAUUAAGUAGAUUAAUGCCGGUUUUAUUUCUUGUUGCUUCUUUUUUUUUAUUAUUUAGUUUAAUUGC